GUCAGUUCAAUAUCCAUUCUUAAGAGAAUACCCACACCCCAUAUGGCCCGAGCCAUUGGAAUGGAAGCUCUCCAAUCUCAGAGCUUACUUUUUCAGGUUAAAUCACCAUCUUCUUCCACUCCUGUAAGCUGCUGCAUUCAUAAUGAUCAACCCAAGAAGGCUAUGGAAGAGAGAUUGCAAAAUAGUUUUCGGUCACUAACAGCAAAAAGGAUGCCAAGGAGGCUGCUUUUGAAGUUUAUGGGGUUCAACCCUCUCCUAUUCAUAGUACAGCCUGCUUUUGCAGCAACAACACCAAUGCCAGAAAUGAAGGAUCCCGAAGUCAUUCGGACCUUAAAGCUUCCUAAUGGGGUGAGGUUUCAAGAGAUACUUGAAGGGAAAGGACUAGAAGCCAAUGAAGGGAAUCGAGUUGAAAUAAAUUAUGUUUGUAGACGUUCAAAUGGAUACUUUGUUCAUAGCACUGUGGAUCAAUUCAGUGGAGAAAGCUCACCUGUUAUUCUUCCUUUGGAUGAGAAUGAGAUUAUAAAGGGUUUGAAGGAUGUGAUUAUUGGGAUGAGAGUUGGAGGAAAGAGAAGAGCAUUGGUACCUCCUUCAGUUGGAUACAUAAAUGAAAACUUACAGCCAAUACCUGAAGAGUUCGGUCCUCGGCGCAGCCUCAUGUCUCACAUGAACGAGCCUUUGAUAUUUGAAGUGCAGCUGUUGAAAGUACUUUGAGUUUGUGUGUUUUUAUUAUUUGAUUUAUUUGCAGAGCUUCCCUACCAUUGUUCCCAUGAACAAACCUUCUAUGUUGGUGUCCUUCUUCACUAUUCAACACACACUUUCACCAAACAUUUAUUUGAUUUAUACGAAAUACGUAUAAAUUGUUUGUAUUUGGUUGGCUAGUUCAAGUGGUUGGUUGAGUGUGUAUGAGUCAAGAACCUAGAGUUCGAACCCGAGUUAGGAUUAGCUUGGCUAAGAACCAAUUGUUUGAAGUUAUUUCAUUUGGUUAUUAAUUGAAGAGACUGAAUUAAGUAUAUUUCAAAGAUUUC